CUGGGCAAUGCGGGUUACUGCUCAGGGAUGUCCAGCAACUGUCCAUUCAGAGCCUGGAUCCUGGAUCAUGUGACCGAGCAGCCAAGGGAAGGCCUGAACAGCAAUAACCAAUAUGGAGGCGUCUCCGUUCAGCUUCACGCCGGAGAGGUACUGGACGGAGGAGAAGGAAAGGGAGCUCAUAACAUUUUUCUCCAAGCACAGCUGUCUGUGGAACCACAAGUCAGAGAGCUACAAGAACCGACAGCUGCGAUGGAAAACUCUGGAGCGCCUCAGGGUCCUCCUGUCAUCUCACCCUCCCCCUGUUCGUUUCUCAGUGGAAGACAUAAAGAACAAGUUCAAAAACCUGCGCACCACCUUUCAGCGUCAGUACAAAAUGGUAAAGGCGAGCAAGCAGUGCAGGUCGGAGGACGAGUUCAUACCGCAGUGGAAGCACUACCAUCAGCUGAUGUUCCUGCAGGGCUGCUGGGACCGGGAUGACGGCCCAGAUGACCCGUCUCUCUCACCACUGAUUACUCCACAGGAAGAGAGCCAGCCUGUCCACGGCUCCCCUGGGCUGAUCAUCUCCUUCCUCCCCAGCCCGUCCACCUCCUCUCCAUCCUCUGGCGUCCUCUCCAACUCGAUGGUUAAAUGUUACUGGACUGAAGAGAGGGAGCGUGCACUGAUAGCUUUCUACUCUGAGCAUAACUGUCUGUGGAACAAGAGGUCUGAAAACCACAACAACCGUCAGCUCAGAUUGAGGCUGCUGGAGAGUCUGAGGAGCCAGCUGUCCGACCAAUCAGUGACCUUCUCAGUUGAAGACUUAAAGUGCAAGUUCAAGAACCUGCGGACGGUUUUCAACCGUGAAUACAAGGUAGUGCAGGCGAGCAGGACGUCUGACAAACCGUAUGUGUCCAAAUGGAAACACUACCAGCAGAUGCUCUUCCUCUGCGAGUACUGUGACGAAGACAACAGCACAGAUGACCUGCAGAUACUGAUGCCACAGGAAGACAAGGAUCUAGAACACGGAAACCAAACGCCCUCCUCCACCCUGAGCAGCUUCUCCUCCAGUUCCACCCAAGCCAACAGCAAGUUCAACAACCCCUCCGAUGCCAAAACCAACACCAGCGCUGCUUACCAAAUCUUCAUCUCCACCUCUCCUGAUAAUCUUAAACUAUUAAACAGAACAGCUGCUCCCACACUCCGCACCUCUCCAUCCACUUCACCACUUGACCUCAAACCAUGCACCAACCCUUCCCCACUGAAUUUCUCAACAUGCGGUUCAGUUCAGCCAGACAGCAGACUGAGUGCCGAGUCCCGCUGCCACUGGAACGAGACCAAAGUUCAGCAGCUCAUAUCGUUUUACUCUGAGCACAGCUGUCUGUGGAACCACAAGUCAGAGAGCUACAGGAACCGUCUGCUGAGACAGAGUCUGCUGGAGACGCUGAGCAGCAUCUUGUCUGACAAUGAGCCAGUCCCAUUCACAGUGGAAGACAUAAAAACAAAGUUCAGGAACUUGCGAACCAUCUUCCAACGUGAACACAAGUCGGUGAGCUCCAACAAAACAUGUGGCUCGGAGGACUUUUACCUUCCAAAGUGGAAACACUACCGUGAGCUCAUGUUCCUCUGUGACUCCUGCGACGAGGAUGAGCGACCUGAAGACCUUCACUUCCAGGAACCACAAGAGACCGGCCUCCUCCGCCUGGACUGCCAAGCCCCUCCCUCCUCUCUACAUUACCACACCGCCAUCCAACCUUCUACCAAAGUGAAUGUGGCAUCACGGAGCCUCGAAGCACCUCCCUCACCUACUCCCCCAGACUCCCAGCGCUCCUCCCCCUCCUCCUCCCCCUCCACAUCCUCCUCUCACACUGACAGCAGGGUGUCGGGACGCAAGCGGACGAGCCGGUGCCUGCCAUCACCAGCCUCCGGUGAGAUGCUGGACUUCAUGAGGACGUUCUGUCAAAGUCAGACAGUGUCGCCACACGCAGGAUUCCUCAAGUACGUGGAGGAGUGUCUGAAUGAGACGCCACCAGACAAAGUGAAAAAACUAAAAAAGAAGAUAAUCGACACGAUCCACAGCGUGGACGAGGAGCUUUAGUCUUUGACAGUUUGUGAAGCUCAAGUCAGUCUCACUGGUUUCCCUUCCUCAGAGCUAUGAGCGCAUUUAUCACCAGUUGUUGUCAAAAAAGUCUGCAAUCCACCCAGAAUCUUCCCAUAAAGCCUUCCUCAUCAUUUUCCAUAGCAGAGCUGCAGGUUAGCUGUGAAGACAGCGAAGACGCCACACCUUCCCCAGCAUCGCCUUUACUGUUGUGCAUAGUGAAGUAGUUGUGAACUGUGAAACAGCACCUUAAAAUCACAGAAACAAUGUUUGCAGGGCAGACUACAGCGUGAGUGAACGAUCAUACAGAAAUGACCAGCAUCAAACAUCACCUUUAAAAUUCCACCACAAUCUUUCCAGAAUGUCGUUCACAGAAAUCAAGACUCAUAUAAUACUAAGACUAAUAAUAACGGUCUGUCCUAAUGCACACAAAUGUACAUUUAACCCACGCUCGAUGCUCACACUUACUGUUACAAAACCGUAUUAAGAGCAGAAUGUAUCCCACAGUGCACCAGUCUGCUGCACCACACCUGUCAGGUUGUAGCAGUGUGCUACGCAUGAAGAAAUUUAAGUUCAUAACAUGAUGCAUGAUGUUAUUCAUGUCCAGAGUUAUGGCAGAACAUCUCUCAGAAAAAGACUUUUUAUUGCAGGUCAUGUCAGACAGAAAUGAAUGCUGUUACAUGUUUAGAAGGUCUGAAUGCUAACAUUAGCAUGCAGUGUUAGACACUACAAUAUUAACUUGCCAAAGGUAGCACCUUAAUGCAAAACAAUAAGGUUAUAAUAGUCAAUAGUUAUAGAUUCAUGAAACAAAGUUACAGGAUCACCAAAGUCACAAAACGAGCUUAAUUCACUACGUCCAGAGUACUGUGCUGUCACAUUCCAAAAUAACACACACUUUCUAUAAACGUAUUUUUUACGUUGACAUUGCUAAUUUCCACCAAGAAAUCUAGAUUUCUGUGGAGCUCAAAUGAAAAUCAUCUUCAGCUGCCUGAUGAUCGACUACCAGCCUGCACUGAAAGUCACAAACAUCCAGCGUUGUGGUGAAAGUUAGAUUUGAGCUGGAUGCUUGGACGCAUUGAGAUGAAAGCCUCAUCUCACUUUUAUAUAUAAGUGCUGAAAUUCCGAAUGGUCAAACAGAAAUCUUUGACAUGUUAACGUACCUCUUUAUUUAUUUUAGCUGUAGCACUUAUGGAGGAGAUCUAAAGUGUCACCAAAACGACUGUGCACAUGUUGAAUUGGAAGGCCUGCACUAUCACUAUGAACUGAUCCUGUAGAAUUGUAAUCAAUGUACGUUAAAUUGUCUUUAUUAUUUAACAUGUUAUGAUGUUAAUGGGCAAUUAUAACAAUGAUAUAAGUACUGUAACUUCAAUAUAAGUAUGAAAAUAUCUUUCUCUGAUGGUCAACUUGUCGAGGUUUUGUUACAAUUUAAGUUUCUGUCUUAAAAAUAUUUAAAGUUUAUACUCUUUGAAAAGAAAUCUAUGCAUGUAAAGACUUUUAACUAUUUCUUCUUCAGUGUUAAACAUUUGGGUUUCGGUUACAUCCAAUUUUUUUUUAAGCAAUAAUGGUUAUUUCUUAGCACCAGCUAUGAUUGAUGUUUUUUAAACAUGUUUUUUGAAUUGCACAUUUAUAUACGAAUGAUUUCUAUCUGUCUUUGUUUGGUGUUUGCACACGUUCGUUUAAAUUGUGCCUUACUAUUAUAACAGUAAUUGUAUUACGAGUAAAUGUGGAGGAAUCUGUCUUCUCAACUUUGGACUUCAUGUAUUAUUGAAUUAAAUGUGCAUGCAUAAAUUCUAAGGACAA